AUGGAGCUAAUUUCCAUAGUGUACUUUUCGGUUUACUUUCUGGCUUUUGCUACGCAUUCUGCUGACGCGGUGGGACCAACGAGCUACGAUUACGAUACGGUCAUAACAUUUACCAUCUUCGACUGGAAUCAAAACAAAUUUGUAAAUCACACUACCGUGGAGACGAACUUCGCGUCGUACGGCUGUACGACGUCUGACCCGUUUGUAGUGACUGUCCACGGCUGGAUGAACGGGUGCUACAGAACACCGUGGCUGCAGGACACUCUCAACAACUUCGUCAUCCACCGGAAGGGCUGCGUGCUGUGCAUGGACUACUCCCCCAUUACUGACAGCAGUGAUUUUUUUACCGUUGUUGCACAAAUAGACGGUAUAGCUUCCACAUUAGUAAAGAAGAUGCGCCAACUGAUCGCGUUCGGCAUGAAUCCACUCAAAGGGAUGCUGUACGGAUUCAGCCUUGGAACACAGGUCGCGUUUCAUGCAGGCCGUGAUCUGGCUCCCGUAAAGUUGGGUCGAAUCGAUGCUUGCGAUCCGCCCGGUAUUGGAUUCGAUUCCAACGCCACCCACAACUCGCUGAGCGUAAUGGACGCCGCUGUCGAGGUGCAGUGCAUCCACACGAGCAGUAAUAUCGGCACAUUGCAGCGUGUUUGCCACAAAGACUGGCUUAUGGGGUAUUGUGGAUGGUUGCAGUUUGGUUUUAAGAGUUCGCACGAGCUGUGUCCGGAUUAUUACAAUGCCGCGUUUUCGUACAACUUUCCGGCCACGAUCAAUCCGUACUUGUGCCCCACAACACGUGCCGCGUUAUUGUGGCCACCUGGCUUCAAGAUGGGGUACUUUAUGCCGCAAGGAAUCCCUUUGAUUGGAAACUUUUUUGCAAAAACUUCUGUUCUUUUUCCGUACAACUGA